AGUACAGCACACAACCAACCCCGUUGGCGUUGGGUUUGGGUUUGGGUCAUUCAAUUUCUUCAAUUCAUCACUCACACUCAGUGAGUGAGUGAGUGAGUGAGUGUGGGUUUCAACUAACUCGGAAUUCGUCAAAACCCUCGCACUGCUUCUUCUUCCCACCAACAUUUCCCCUUACUAUCAGAACCUGCAGGAGGCUUUACCUUUGCAGUGUAUCAAAGGGGCUUUGAAGGAGUACCGGUUCCCUCUUUGACAUUAAUUCAGCUAAAAAUAAAAUGAGAAAUAAAAAAGCGCGCCAAAAUAAUGGCAGAGCUGUAGAAGCAAGUGCGCCUUUGGCGGAGAAUGAUAUUGUUCAGUCAAUAAAAGCCGUUACCGAGUUCCCUCGCUCGUCUUUUGAGUUCUAUGUCUGGUCAGAUGAGGGAGUUAAUCUUCAAGUUGAUUUAACUUCGUCCCCAUCAGAUUGGACUAAUAAGUUUAAAAAUGAGGUCCGCGUAAGUGACAACGUGAAUGUAAACAAAUCUCGAAGUUUUCGGCAAGAUCUCUUGGAAUUACGAGAGAAACCUCCCUUCCUGUGGAAUACAGAUUAUUGUCAAAUUUUCGACCGUGAUGGACAGGCCAAAUCUUCGUCCUCAGGGUUGAAAUUGACCAAAGGUGUUACAGAGUUAUUUCAACAAAAAAAUGGUGAAAGACCUCUAAUGUCGUAUUCGGUAAUCCCAUGCACCAUUUCUGAUCGCGGCAAGCUGGAGCUUCAACAUUCAAAGCCUGAUAAUCAAUGUUCUGGGAAUUGUGGUCUUCCAAAUGGUUCUUGCAUUGUGAACCCUGGUCUGGUGUGUGCGGGAGCUUCAUUAAGUAGCUCUGUGGAGGCGGCCAAAAUUGUUAAUGGAAAGAUGCAUUCGCGAUGCUCCCGAUUAGAUGACCGACUUAAGAAGUCUAGCCUAGAUUCUGAUGUUCACGUUUCCAAAACAGAACUUCGCAAAAAGAAGAGAAACAGAUACUCCGAUAUUCAAGGUUCAAGUACACUUGCCACAAGAAUUUUAAGAAGCAUGAAGAAAACUGCUGUUAUGAUCCUGCCCAGUAGUUCUGUGGAAUUACAAAAUUCGGAAGCCGCAUGUUGUCAUAAAUAUGCAUCAGUUUCACCCUGUGACAAUAAUGAAACCCUGGAUUUAAAGGCUCCAAAGAACACUUGCGAAAUGGAACAGUACGGGCUGCUCAAGUCAAGUGAGAUUAAUAAAGUUACUGAUAAGAACGAUUACCCGUCACAAACUGAAGAAUGGGAGGUGGCCAAGAUUGUUGAUGGAAGAAUGCGUUCACGAUGCUCUCAGUUUGAUGACCCACUUACGAAGUCUAGCCUAGAUUCUGAUGAUCAGGUUUCAAAAACAGAGCAUCGCAAAAAGAGAAAAAACAGAUACUCCAAGAUUCAAGGUUCAAGUACGCCUGCCACAAGAAUUUUAAGAAGCAGGUCGAAAACUGUUGUUACGGUCCUGCCUAGUAGCUCUCCGGAAUUACAAAAUUCGGAUGUUGCAAAUUGUCAAAAACAUGCAUUGGUUUCACCCUGUGACAAUGAUGGAUCCCUGGAUUUCAGUGAACGAAAGAAAACUUCUGAAAUGGAACAUGAUGGGCUACUCAACUCAAGUGAGAUUAAUUUCGUUAUUGAUGGGAAUAAUUACUCAUCACAACCUGAAGAACGGGAGGCGGCCAAGGUUGUUGAUGGAAGGAAGCGUCCAGGAUGCUCCCAAUUGGAUGACCCACUUAAGAAGUCUAGCCUAGAUUCUGAUGAUCAGGUUUCAAAAUCGGAACUUCACAUAAAGAGGGAAAACAGAUACUCUGAGAUUCAAGGUUCAAGUACACCUGCUACACGAAUUUUAAGAAGCAUGACAAAAACUGCUGCUGCGGUCCUGCCUAGUAGUUCUCUGGAAUUACAAAAUUCAGAAGUUGUAAGUUGUCAUAAACAUGCAUUGGUUUCACCCUGUGACAAUGAUGGAUCCCUGGAUUUAAGUGAACCAAAGAACACUUCUGAAAUGGAACAGCAUGGGCUACUCAACUCAAGUGAGAUUAAUAUUGUUACUGAUAGGAACAAUUACACGUCACAACCUGAAGAAUGGGAGGCGGCCAAGAUUGUUGAGGGAAGGACGCGUUCGCGAUGCUCCCAAUUCGUUGACCCUCUUAAUAAGUCUUGCCUAGAUUCUGAUGAUCAGGUUUCAAAAACAGAACUUCGCAAAAAGAGGGAAAAUAGAUACUCUGAGAUUCAAGGUUCAAGUACACCUUCUACAAGAAUUUUAAGAAGCAUGACGAAAACUGCUGCAGUCCUGCCUAGUUGUUCUCCGGAAUUACAAAAUUCGGAAGUUGCAAGUUGUCAUAAAUAUCCAUUGGUUUCAUCCUGUGACAAUGAUGGAUCUCUGGAUUUAAGUAAUCCAAAGAACACUUCUGAAAUGGAACAGGACAGGCUACUCAACUCAAGUGAGAUUAAUUUUGUUACUGAUGGAAACAAUUACCUUUCAGAAACUGAAGAAUGGGAGGUGGUCAAGGUUGUUGAUGGAAAGGAGCGUCUAGGAUACUCCCAAUUCGAUGAUCCACAUAAGAAGUCUAGCCUAGAUUCUGAUGAUCAGGUUUCCAAAACCAAACUUCUCAAAAAGAGGAAAAAUAGCUACUCUGAGAUUCAAGGUUCCUGUGGUAAACCUACUACAAGAAUGUCAAGAAGCAUGACGAAAACUGCUGUCCUGGGUAGAAGAUCCCCGAGGCUAAUAUCCAAGUGAGUUCAUGAAGUGCUUUGUGCGCCAUUUCAAGGCAUUAAGUUCCAGAUUUUUCAAUGAAAAUAUAAUCCACUGUUCCAAUAUGGAACCAUGACAUUUAGUAGGUAUCAUUAUUCAUUUGGAGAAGAGUUAUAACUUACACCCACAGUAAUACAAAGCAAGGUAGUCUUUUCAGGUAGAUUUCAGUUAAACAGUCAAAGAAUGAGCUAUAUUGUUCUUUCUAGUUUUGGUAUUUAGAAAUUAUAAAAUUAUUGUUAUGUAUUUAUUUGUAAACCUUCAAGACACUAUUUCGGAUUGUAUAUUUAUAUGGAUGAGCUUACGAAUCAUUGAAUUUACUUAGCUUGAUGUCGGCAUAUUUGGAAUAUAAUAGAAUUGAAUUUGAGCAUUGAAACAAGCAGCAAUUGAAUUCAAAUUUCCUGGAUGGCUUAUGUACAUAACUUGUUUUGUAACUAAGCUAAGACUCAUUGAGGAUCUUAUUCUUGUUCAAUAAAUGCACUUUUUUUUUUUUUCUGUACAAA